AUGUCUGAAACAACAGAUAGUAAUGACAGCCCGAGCGCAGAGACAGCCACAAAUGGGCCAAAAACUUCCUAUCUAGGAGAUAAAGUGGACAAUUCACGAGAAGAAGUGCCGUCUAACGAUGACACUAGCAACGAAAAUGGACGUAAGCGUCUGGCUGAACCUUCAGACUCAGAACUGAAAAGACCCCACACUGAAGAGACGCCAGAAUUCAUUCAGGCUCUCUCAAGAAAAGAUCACCUGGCUACUCCCGUGCCAGCGUCUUCCUCAGUGUACAAGGAAACCAAGAAAGAGCUUCCAGCAUGGAUGAAAAGUAAAGCGCAGCCUUCGGAAGCCAACAAGUACGACAAGUACGGCGGGAGACUGUCUAGAGCACGAGAAAUUGCGUCAGACUCGCUGAAGUACGACAAGUAUGCCAAAUAUGCCGCUAAGGAUGACAAGUACCUGAAAUACGGAGCUAGACCUGAAAAUAGAGAUACGCGAGUUAUUCGCCGUGAAACUCCUGAGCCAGACAGGGAAUCUCGAAGAACACACCGUGAAAGAGAACAAUCUGAGGUUUCUGUGGAUGGAGAGCCUUCAGUAGCAGCAUACACGAAUGUGCCUUCACUAGGUGGAGCAGGGCAGAAAAGCGAAUACAGAACUUUUCAGAGCAGCAUAGCCCACAAGGAGAACAAGGACAUCAGUAGCAUUGUGAGACAGCAUUAUAACCAAAGAACAUUCCAGCUGAGGAUGCAAGGGUCAAGAACGAGGUCACCCAUUUAUAAGCUUCGAAACUUCAAUAAUGCAAUCAAGUACAUGUUGCUUGGAAACCACGUCAAGAGACUGCUGCCUGGAGCUCAACUAGUAUUUCUUGACUUGUGUUGUGGUAAAGGUGGUGACUUGAAUAAGUGUGAAUUUGUCCAUGUGGAUCAGUACAUUGGUAUAGACAUUUCGGAUGCAUCUGUGAAGGAGGCGUUCAAGAGGUACUCUCAAAACAAGGCGAGAUUCAUACCGCAAAACCCACAAGCCAAGAGAUCUCGAGACUCAAAACGAUACAAUUUUGAAGCUUGCUUUGCCACUGGUGACUUGUUCACAUACACUUUGCCCGAGAUUCUAGAGCCCAAUUUCCCGGGUAUCAUGGACGGUUUGUUUCCUAUUGACUGUGUGAGCAUACAAUUUUCAUUUCAUUACGCUUGGGAGACAGAGUCUAAAGUUCGUACAAUACUUACAAAUAUUACAAGGUCGUUGAGACCCGGUGGAACUUUCAUUGGCACGAUACCCUCGUCUGACUUCAUCAGGGAUAAGAUUGUCAAGAAAGAAUUCAAUGACCACAAUACGUUUGGCAAUGAGUUGUACCACGUCAGGUUUGAGAAGGAUCCACCAGAGGACGGUAUUUUCAGAGAGCCCUUUGGAAACAGGUACGACUAUUUUUUGAAAGAUGCCGUUGACGACGUUCCUGAAUAUGUGGUGCCUUUUGAAUGCCUAAGGUCUUUGUGUGAAGAUUUUGGUUUGAUCUUGAAGUAUAAAAAGAAUUUCAUUGACAUCUUCAACCAGGAGAUACCGAAAUACUUCAGCAAACUUAAUAAGAAUUUAGUUGAUGGUAUGAAGCGUGCAGACGGAAAGUACGGUGUGGAGGGCGCCGAGAAAGAAGCUGUUGCAUUCUACGUUGGGUUUGUAUUCGAGAAACUCGGGAAUUAG